AUGGGGCUAGAAGCACUGGUGCCCCUGGCCGUGACAGUGGCCAUCUUCCUGCUCCUGGUGGACCUGAUGCACCGGCGCCAACGCUGGACUGCACGCUACCCACCGGGCCCCCUGCCACUGCCCGGGCUGGGCAACCUGCUGCAUGUGGACUUCCAGAACACACCAUACUGCUUUGACCAGUUGCGGCGCCGCUUCGGGGACGUGUUCAGCCUGCAGCUGGCCUGGACGCCGGUGGUCGUGCUCAAUGGGCUGGCGGCCGUGCGCGAGGCGCUGGUGACCCGCGGUGAGGACACCGCCGACCGCCCGCCUGCACCCAUCACCCAGAUCCUGGGUUUCGGGCCACGUUCCCAAGGGGUGUUCCUGGCGCACUAUGGGCCCGCGUGGCGCGAGCAGAGGCGCUUCUCCGUGUCCACCUUGCGCAACUUGGGCCUGGGCAAGAAGUCGCUGGAGCAGUGGGUGACCGAGGAGGCCGCCUGCCUCUGUGCCGCCUUCGCUGACCACUCCGGACGCCCCUUUCGCCCCAACAACCUCCUGGACAAAGCCGUGAGCAACGUGAUCGCCUCCCUCACCUGUGGGCGCCGCUUCGAGUACGACGACCCUCGCUUCCUCAGGCUGCUGGACCUAGCUCAGGAGGGAUUGAAGGAGGAGACGGGCUUCCUGCGCGAGAUGCUGAAUGCUGUCCCCGUCCUGCUGCGCAUCCCUGGGGUGGCUGGCAAGGUCCUACGCUCCCAAAAGGCUUUCCUGACCCAGCUGGAUGAGCUGCUAACUGAGCACAGGAUGACCUGGGACCCAGCCCAGCCACCCCGAAACCUGACUGAGGCCUUCCUGGCAGAGAUGGAGAAGGCCAAGGGGAACCCUGAGAGCAGCUUCAAUGAUGAGAACCUGCGCAUAGUGGUGGCUGACCUGUUCUCUGCUGGGAUGGUGACCACCUCGACCACGCUGGCCUGGGGCCUCCUGCUCAUGAUCCUACACCCAGAUGUGCAGCGCCAUGUCCAACAGGAGAUCGACGAUGUGAUAGGGCAGGUGCGGCGACCAGAGAUGGGUGACCAGGCUUGCAUGCCCUACACCACUGCCGUGAUUCACGAGGUGCAGCGCUUUGGGGACAUCGUCCCCCUGGGUGUGACCCAUAUGACAUCCCGUGACAUCGAAGUACAGGGCUUCCACAUUCCUAAGGGGACGACGCUCUUCACCAACCUGUCAUCGGUGCUGAAGGAUGAGGCCGUCUGGGAGAAGCCCUUCCGCUUCCACCCCGAACACUUCCUGGAUGCCCAGGGCCACUUUGUGAAGCCAGAGGCCUUCCUGCCUUUCUCAGCAGGCCGCCGCGCAUGCCUCGGGGAGCCCCUGGCCCGCAUGGAGCUCUUCCUCUUCUUCACCUGCCUGCUGCAGCGCUUCAGCUUCUCGGUGCCCGCCGGACAGCCCCAGCCCAGCCACCAUGGUGUCUUUGCUUUCCUGGUGACCCCAUCCCCCUACGAGCUUUGUGCUGUGCCCCGCUAGAAUGGGGUACCUAGUCUCCAGCCGGCUCCCUAGCCAGGGGCCCUGAUGUACAAUAAAGCAAUGUGGUAGUUCCAA